AUGGCCACUACUGGGCUUCCUCCACAGUAUCGGUCGGCCACUCCCGUAGAGAGCGGCCUCGAGGUCGUGCCCGAACCAUCUCACCUGCCCGAAGUGACAUCUUACUACGGCAAGCCUUCACCGAGUGAGAAAGGGGGAGUAGCGGCGGCAGCAGCCCCAGUGGAAAAGCGAAAGUUUUGCGGCUUGAGGACGUCGACUUUUAUCCUCCUUGUAUUGUUAACUCUCGUUAUCGUUAUUGCCGCAAUAGCAGGCGGGGUCGGCGGAUCGAUUGCGGUGGACAAGGCAUACGAACGUGGUCGCGCUGAUGUGACGGCCGAGAGGACAACUUCUUCUCCGGACAACUCUUCCCCUACUAAUUCCGACAACGACGAUGAUGACCCAAGCUCAGGGGCCACGCCGGCGACAGGAGGAAACAUCGCGCUUCCAGCAACCAUCGGGCUCGUCCCCGUCGAUUGUCCCAACCUCGACUCCACCACGCACAAAGUAACGCCUACUUCCAAGACGUUCACUUUCGAGGCUACGUGCGGCGCGGACUCCGCCCCCGGCGAGGGCGAUCGAAACAUCGUUACGAUUCUGGCCUAUCGGUUCACUGACUGUCUCAGGGCUUGUGCGUCGUUUAACGAGAGAGGGAACGUCCCCAACACAACGUGCGGCGCCGUGCACUUCCAUUCGGAUUUGAAAUGGAUUAAUGAAAGGGGCGGGAACUGCUGGCUCAAGAAGUCGGUAACCACUCUGGUCGUGGACACGAGGGCCGAAAAUAAGAACUUGCACGUCUUUGCUGUACUACAGGAUUCGUGA